AUGAUGAGGGGAAGCUGCCGCCCCGAGGAAGGGGUGAAGCGGGGAGCCUGGACCAGCCAGGAGGACAAGCUUCUGUCGGAGUACAUCGCCGCUCACGGCCUCGGGCGGUGGCGGAGCCUCCCCAAGAACGCAGGUGCUCGUCGGAGAGUUAGCUGGAAUCCCCUUCUCUUCCCAUUUUUUGCUUUCCCCCUGAGGUCGCCGGGGGGUUCUUCUCUCUGUAGGGUUGAACAGAUGCCCGAAGAGCUGCAGGCUGAGGUGGUUGAACUAUCUGCGGCCCGGCAUUAAGAGAGGGAACAUCACAGAGGAGGAAGAAGAGCUCAUCAUCAGGCUCCAUAACCUGCUCGGUAAUCGGUGGGUUCUCUCGUCUUCUUCCUCGUAGUUAAACUCUCCUUCCCUCUCUCUCUCUCUCUCUUUCUCUUCUGCUCCUGCAUCUUUCAAACCGUGUUCCGGAUGUGCCUGCAGAUGGUCCUUGAUAGCAGGCCGACUACCAGGCCGAACAGACAAUGAAAUCAAGAACUACUGGAACACCUGCCUGAGGAAGAAGGCGACGGGGGAAUUCCCGAAGAAGCACCAUCCACGGUGUUCUGCCGGUGACGAAGAGCCCGGAGGCGGGAGGGCUACUGCGUCUCUUGUGAUCCGCACCAAGGCCCACCGCUGCACCAGAUUCGUCGUGAAGAACCAGGUUGCCGACGUCGCCAGCGAUCUCCCAGAACCGCCCAUUCCCGUCGCCUCCGACGACUCCGGCUUCCGCCAGAAUCUCUACCUACAGAUGGUGUCCCCUCCGCCGCUAGAGUUCGACGUCGACGGGUUCUUCACGCACCACGGGGUUCAGAACUCGUCGUCGUCAACGAGGGGCGAUUACUACUUUUUCGGAUGUGGGUCGAGGGCCACCGCCGGCGCUGGCGAGGGCGAGGACGCCAUUGCCGACCUUCCCGACGAGGACGGGUUCUUGAUCGACGGUGAUUCUGAGCGAGAGGAUCUGCUGCAGUUCCUCGCUGCUGAGAGUGUGGGGCAUUGA